UCUUAGGCAGUAUGUAGAUCGGAUUUUCACAGUUAUUACAAAAUCUGGGGUCAGUUGUCCUACAGUGAUGUGUGACAUCUUUUUUUCAUUGAGGGAAUCAGCAGCUAUACGUUUCCAAGAUGAUCCAGAUGUUAGGUACACAGCAGUAAGCAGCUUUAUUUUUCUGAGAUUCUUUGCUCCUGCAAUUCUUUCUCCAAACCUUUUUCAUCUUACACCGCAUCACCCAGAUCCACAGACUUCAAGAACUUUGACGCUGAUCUCUAAAACCAUACAAACAUUGGGCAGUUUAUCAAAGUCUAAGUCUGCCAGUUUCAAGGAGUCAUAUAUGGCUAUAUUUUAUGACUACUUUAACGAGCAAAAGUAUGCAGAUGCAGUAAAAAAUUUCUUAGAUUUGAUUUCAUCCUCUGGAAGGAGAGAUCACAAAAUUAUAGAGCAACCAAUACUACUUAAAGAAGGGUUUAUGAUCAAAAGGGCGCAAGGCAGGAAAAGAUUUGGCAUGAAAAACUUCAAGAAGAGAUGGUUUCGGCUCACUAAUCAUGAAUUUACCUAUCAGAAAAGCAAAGGUGAUCAUCCACUGUGCAGCAUUCCAAUUGAAAACAUUCUGGCGGUAGAAAAAUUGGAGGAAGAAUCCUUCAAAAUGAAAAAUAUGUUCCAGGUGAUUCAGCCUGAAAGAGUGCUCUACAUUCAGGCCAAUAAUUGCGUUGAGGCCAAGGACUGGAUUGAUAUCCUCACCAAAGUUAGCCAGUGUAACAAGAAACGGCUCACUGUCUACCAUCCCUCUGCAUACCUUAAUGGGCACUGGCUGUGCUGCAAAGCUACUGCAGAUAAUACUCCUGGCUGUACUCCCUGCACUGGGGGUCUACCAGCAAAUAUACAAUUAGACAUCGAUGGAGAUAGAGAAACAGAACGCAUCUACUCCCUAUUCAAUCUGUAUAUGACCAAACUGGAGAAAAUGCAAGAGGCUUGCGGCAGCAAAUCAGUAUACGAUGGGCCUGAGCAAGAAGAAUAUUCAACCUUUGUCAUUGAUGACCCUCAAGAGACUUAUAAGACACUAAAACAGAUUAUAGCAAAUGUUAAAACCUUAGAACAGGAACAUGCCCAGUACAAGAGGGAUAAGUUCAAGAAGACAAAAUAUGGAAGCCAGGAACAUCCCAUUGGUGACAAGAGCUUCCAGAGUUACAUAAGGCAACAGUCAGAAGUCUCAGCGCAUUCCAUUUGAAGUCUGAAGAAAGUUACAAGAUGGUGUUGCUGAAGGACUGAAGAAAGAGAAAAGCCACCUGUAGCAAGAUGUACAUAACAAAUGUCAAGCUUGCUGAGGCUUGCUAAGUGUUUUCUCUCUCUCCAAGAACUAUUACAAUCGUUGCUAUGCACUUUAUUCAUCUGGUGUUAACAGAUGAAGGAACUCUGCCUUCUAGGUGGUUCUCAUCAUAUGUGUUGUGCUGCAUUUUUAAAAGUGUUGCUCUGGUUUCUUGGAAUCUAGUGAUCAGUUCAAUGAUCAAAGCCUGUGGACUUCAUAUUGACAACUUCCACAAUCCUUUUACAUGGCUGAGAGCCUUUUUCUAGAUUUCUAAUUUUUGAUGGCUGAUUAGGGGCUACUUUGCAUUACGCCACAGAGCCAUUAGGGAAGGCCUUGCAGCAUUUGCUUUGUAAUGGAGAGAAGCCCCAUUGGUUAUAGAUGUAGUCUCCCCUCACUGGAGCUUGCCUUGACCCCAAGCAGACUGAACAACAGGGUAUUUUGCUCUUAGCAUUAGCAGCGUAUUAUUGGGUUCAGAAGAACUGGCUUCUAAAAAGAAAGUCUACUAUUUAAUGGUACUCCCUGGAAUUUUUGAGAUAACAGAGUUGUUUCCACUAAGGCAUUCAGUCAAUUUCUAUUUUUUCCUAUAAACAUGAAUAAUUACAUAUUCAAACAAGUGAAGUAUGAAUAGUACAAGAAUACUUGAAGAGUAGUCACAAAAACAAUGGUUUGAUGAUCAGAAUUAAUGAUUUUCUACUAUUUAAGGGCCAUUUCAAAUGCAAUACGUUUCUUACAUCUCUAAUAUUUCCAUGUAAGAAAUAAAAUCAACCAUGAGCAAUUUCUCAAUGAGCGAAGUGAGCACACACUUCUUUUUCAGUGAUAUUUACAGGAGGAAGCAGAGAUAAAUUUAAUUCAUGAAAAGUUGACUUAAUAUGUAGUACUGUAGGUGACCUCACCAGGUUCUUCCUCAGGGAAUUUGGAAAGCAAAGGGCGGCUAUAUUCUCUGAUUAAAAAAAAAAGCUAUUUCUUCUCUAGAGAGGUUGACUGCAACAUACUACAUACUAAUACAUUUCAGCAAGGAAUGGAGACAAACGAAGAUUUUUGCAAGAUGGUUUGCGCAACCUACAUAGAAAUAUUAGUGUAGGAACAACAACAUUCCAUAUGCAAUAGGCUGAAGAAGGCAGAGCUGUAAUGUAAGAGUAGCUUGUUAUGCUCCCUUAAAGGUGCAGGAGAAGAUGCUGUCAGCAAGAUAUUGGUAAAGAGAGAUCUUAACAGAAAGUUAUGGAAGCUUUAUCCUGAAUGUUGAUGAGGCUGAAGUUCCUGUUCUCCUGGCACUACCUGAUUGUUUCAUAUAAGCAUUUAAACAAGAAGUAUUUCAAGGAUAAAGAUAUAUUUAGUUUGGGUUGUUUUCAUUGUAUUAACAUACAGUGUAUUUUAUUAAUAUGUUAUAAGUAGAUGCAGGGCAUGGGGGGGUUCAAAAAACUCAAGAUGGCGACCACACGACCACAAUCUUGACUUUUUUGACACCCCUCCCCACAGAUUCCCCUGAAUACAUGAAAUGGAAUGUGCAGCAUACCUCAUGAAUGCAAAUAAAUAUUGUUGGGGGAGUGACAAGAUGUGUGCGUGCACAUGUGCACUAUAAAAUUAUAAAAUGGCUCGGACCCAGACCAAGUUAGUUGCACUUUAAGCCCCACUGAUAGGUAGAAAGUAUGUUAUGACCAGCAUAAGCCUUGUGUAUUUCAGUUAACUUAGAUAUGCCUAACUGUCUGGAUCCAACCCAAUAUAGCUGUCAUAGCUUCUCUAAGAGUCUGAUUCAUGUUGGGCUUUGACAAAAGUCAAAGUCAUGUGACAGAACUUACAGGCUACUCUUGGACCACACUUAAUGAACCUUCAGCUUCUUUGGAUCCUAGAAGAAACGUGAAGAGUGAUGUCUGCAAACCAGCCCCACAGUAGUAAAAUCCUUACAAAAAAGAAUGACAAGUCUUUUAUGCAGUCUCUAUUUUUAAUGGUUCUUGUUGUUCUUAGCAUUAGGGUACAUUAGGAAACUACACAAUGAGAAUUUAUAGCCUAUCAAUUGCCAACAGAAAUGCUAGGGAAGAACCGUACCAUGUGCUCUGAACUGCCAUUUGAAACUGAAUGCCAGUUUUUUUAAAUGUAUUUGUAACUUAAUAGUCUUUUGACGAAAUACUAAUGACCUGCAAUGUGUGUUCUAUUU